UUUCACCAAUCUGAAGCGCCACCUGGAAAAGCUGAGAAACGAAACAUUAUUUAGGGCUACUCUGGAAAGGUAUGGACCAGUACAGAAAAUUAUAGAAUUGAUCUGUCAAAUGGAGAUUACAAUCCAGCUGGAGUUCUGUCUUGUGAUUGGUCAAUGAGUUCUUCAUCAUCGAUGGUUCGGUACAUCUAUAUUCUGUCAUAUUGGUAGACUAGUGACGACUUUCGUAUAUGAAGAGGAGACAAAAAAAAUCCUUAAAAGGAAACAUGAAACAGGUUCUCUAGAAUGUUCUAAAGCUGAAUAUGUGGAACACAUUGUGCAGAGGAUGAAAUUGUUUCAGACGGCUAGAGACAAAAUAAAACCCUAAAAUCUAUUAUUGUUCCGAAAUUGAGGGAAUGUCCAAGUAUUGUUCAAGUGUAAAUAUGCAAUGCAGUGGCAGUGAAAAUAUGAAAAAAGCUGAAAAAGACGGUUCUACAAAAGAUGCGACCAAAGCCACCCAAAGCCAAUUAACACUGAUAGGAGUCAGGUGUAGUGAAAUUUUGACAAAAGCUGCACAAAUGCAUGAGAUUCAAAAUGGUACUCCAGAAGCGAAAACAGUAGUUGUGUGUUCUGGUGCAGCUGAUAAUGUUACAACACCAACCUCAAAGACUGUCAAAAUCAAACCAAAGCCAUCACCAAUCUCCAAGAAUGUCAAAAUCAAACCAAAGCCAUUACCAAUCUCAGAGUCUGUCAAUAUCAAACCAAAGACUUUGCAUGGACAAAUUCCACAAAGCAUUGCACAGACAAUCAAGCUGGCUUCAAAGUCCAUUCCAAUUCCUUCAAAAAGUCGCAUGAUUGUACUCAACUCUCCAGUCCUGCUGAAUAGGGAUGCACUGGUACAGGCCAGUCUGAAUGCUGUAAUGCAAUCACAAGGUACCACGGCGACAGGGCAAGCUGAUAAUCAG